AUGGCCAUUUUCUCGACCGAUAAUCGCUGGGUUUUCGCUUUGGGCCUCCUAGGUAAUCUCAUAUCUUUCGUGGUCUUCUUGGCCCCAGUACCGACAUUUUAUAGGGUGUGCAAGAGGAAGUCAACCGAAGGGUUCCAGUCAGUUCCGUACGUGGUUUCUUUGUUCAGCGCCAUGCUCUGGAUAUACUACGCAUCCCUCAAGUCCGAGUCCAAUAAUUUCCUUCUCAUCACCGUCAACUUAGUGGGAUGUGUCAUCGAGACCAUCUACGUCGCUCUCUACCUUGCUUAUGCUCCUAAAAAGGCCAGGAUUUUUACACUGAAGUUGAUGGUGAUGAGCUUUGGAGGGUUCUUUUCCAUUCUUCUCUUGUCCCACUUCUUAACAAAAGGGUCCACCAGGGUCCAGCUUCUUGGGUGGCUUUGUGUUGGAUUCUCCAUCAUCGUUUUCGCAUCUCCUUUAAGUGUUAUGAGAAUUGUGAUAAGCACCAAAAGCGUAGAGUUCAUGCCUUUCACUCUCUCAUUUUUCCUCACGCUUAGUGCUGUGACUUGGCUCCUCUACGGUCUAUUCCUCAAGGACAUCCACGUUGCGGUUCCAAACGUGUUGGGGUUUAUCCUUGGAGUGCUUCAGAUGGGACUGUAUCUGACAUAUAGGAGGAGGAAUGUGAAGGUUAUGGAGGAACCCGAUUAUUUCGGUGGUGCAAAGCCGAUUGCCGAUGCUCAAAGUUGCAAUAUCGCCUCUAACGACAGCAUCAUCGAUGUUCAUGAUGUCCAAGAGAGGAAAGAUGAUGCACACAAGGAUGAGAAAAGCUCUGAAGCGUCCGAUAAUGGACCAGUGGUGAAUAGUUCGUGGGAAGUUUGA